AAAAAGGAGUGGUUAUCGAACAAAACGAGCCCAGCGAAGCCUCCAACGCUUUCGUUUCUUCACCACCACCACCCUUCACCCUUCACCCUUCACCCUUCUCUCUCUCUCUCUCUCUCUCUAAAAACCAGAAACAACAAACACAAACCAAAAAGGCAAAAGGGGUUUUCCCAGUGAGAUCUAGGGUUUCCAUCGAUUCGGAAACAGGAUUAUCAUUCAACAACAUCAACGAGCGAGGAUACAAGGUGGAAGAGUUGAGCAUGGAUUCUGUCCCUUCCAAUUCGCAUGGAAACCUCGAUGAGCAGAUUUCUCAGCUCAUGCAGUGCAAACCCUUGUCCGAGCAAGAGGUAAGGGUCUUGUGUGAUAAGGCAAAAGAGAUUUUGAUGGAAGAGAGCAAUGUCCAGCCUGUGAAAAGUCCUGUUACAAUUUGUGGUGAUAUUCAUGGACAAUUCCAUGAUCUUGCUGAGCUUUUUCGAAUUGGAGGAAAGUGUCCAGAUACAAAUUACUUGUUUAUGGGAGAUUAUGUUGACCGUGGCUAUUAUUCUGUUGAAACUGUUACGCUUUUGGUUGCCCUUAAAGUGCGAUAUCGUCAGCGUAUCACUAUUCUGCGGGGAAAUCAUGAAAGUCGUCAGAUUACUCAGGUUUAUGGGUUUUAUGAUGAGUGCCUGCGGAAGUAUGGUAGUGCUAAUGUUUGGAAGAUCUUUACCGAUUUGUUUGACUACUUUCCAUUGACAGCAUUGGUUGAAUCUGAAAUAUUUUGUCUUCAUGGUGGGUUGUCACCAUCUAUUGAAACCCUUGAUAACAUACGUAAUUUUGAUCGAGUACAAGAAGUUCCUCACGAGGGACCGAUGUGUGAUCUUCUAUGGUCUGAUCCGGAUGAUCGUUGUGGUUGGGGAAUCUCUCCUAGAGGUGCUGGAUAUACCUUUGGCCAGGAUAUAUCUGAGCAAUUUAACCAUACCAAUAACUUGAAGCUGAUUGCUAGAGCUCACCAACUGGUUAUGGAAGGAUAUAACUGGGGUCAUGAUCAAAAGGUGGUUACCAUAUUUAGUGCACCUAACUAUUGUUAUCGAUGUGGGAACAUGGCAUCAAUCCUUGAGGUUGAUGACUGCAAAGGACACACAUUUAUUCAGUUUGAGCCAGCUCCAAGGAGGGGAGAGCCAGAUGUAACCAGGAGAACGCCUGAUUACUUCCUAUGAUAAUAUGGUUGAGUUGCCCUGCAGUAAUGAGCAAGCUCAUCUACUUGUCCAAAUCAGAGCCAUGAGUCAAAUUGAUACAUACAUUUUCGAAGUUGGGCUUCAUUGGAUGUGUUAUUUAGUUCAAUUAUAACUGAAUCUUUCCAAGAGGAAGCUGAAGAGCAGGCGAUGCAAUUGUGGGCAUGUGUACCAAUCCAGCAUGCAAUGUAUCAAUUUUAAUGUUUUUCCAAUUUUUGCCUUUCUAUUUAUUUGCAACUCUUGAACUUUCUUAUCUCAGUUUAGGAUACUUGUUAAGGGGAUGGGUUUCUGUAGAUGCUUAAUGCUUUGACAUAUCUUUUAAUGGGUGUUCAUGAUUUUUUACCCGGCUUGUGAGAACUAUGUUCUAACUUCUAAUAGCUAGUCUUGUUUUUAC